CAUCUCCCGGUGCCGAUCCCGGUGCCGGUACCCGGUACCCGGUGCCGCUGCCCCAGCGGGCGGGCGGGGGGCGGGCUCGGCCACCACCGGGGGCUCUCGGGAACCGGCGGCCGCCAUGAACCGAAGCGGGCGUUGAGCUCCCCCCGCCCCCCGCCCGGUACCGGGACCCUCCCCGAGGCCACCGGGGCGGUACCGGCGGGGCGGGCGCUCGCAGCAUCCGCCGGGAUUUUGGGGAGCAGCACCCGGGAAACGGCCGGGACGCACCGGGAGCGCCGGGAGCGCCGCCCCCCGGGCAGAGCUGCCCCCGCCCCGCCGCGCCCCGUCCCCGGAGCCGAGCCGAGCCCCGGGGCCGCCUCGUCCUUUGUGUGCGCCGGGGCACCGGGCACCGCCGGGAGCACCGGGAGCCGAGGCCGGGCGGUGAUAGCGGGGAGCGGGAGCGGCCCCGGGGCCCGGGGAGCCCCCGGCGGCCCCAUGAAGGAACCGGACGCCAUCAAACUCUUCGUGGGGCAGAUCCCGCGGCACCUGGAGGAGAAGGACCUGAAACCGAUUUUUGAGCAAUUCGGUAAAAUCUACGAGCUCACCGUCAUCAAGGACAAGUACACCGGCAUGCACAAAGGAUGCGCCUUCCUGACCUACUGCGCCCGCGAGUCGGCCCUGAAGGCCCAGAGCGCCCUGCACGAGCAGAAAACCCUGCCGGGGAUGAACCGGCCCAUCCAGGUGAAGCCGGCGGACAGUGAGAGCCGAGGAGAGGACCGGAAGCUCUUUGUGGGGAUGCUGAGCAAGCAGCAGGCGGACGAGGACGUGCGCAAGAUGUUCGAGCCCUUCGGCACCAUCGAUGAGUGCACGGUGCUGCGCGGCCCCGAUGGCACCAGCAAAGGCUGCGCCUUCGUCAAGUUCCAGAGCCACGCGGAGGCCCAGGCCGCCAUCGCCGCCCUGCACGGGAGCCGCACGCUGCCGGGCGCCUCGUCCAGCCUGGUGGUGAAGUUUGCGGACACGGAGAAGGAGCGGGGGCUGCGGCGCAUGCAGCAGGUGGCCAGCCAGCUGGGCAUGUUCAGCCCCAUCGCCCUCCAGUUCGGCGCCUACAGCGCCUACACGCAGGCGCUGAUGCAGCAGCAGGCGGCCCUGGUGGCCGCGCACUCGGCCUACCUCAGCCCCAUGGCCACCAUGGCCGUCCAGAUGCAGCACAUGGGCACGGUCAACCCCAACGGGCUCAUCGCCACCCCCCUGCCACCCUCCUCAGGAACCAGCACCCCCCCGGCCAUGGCGGCCACCCCCGUCCCGGCCAUCGCGGCCCCGCUGAGCGUCAACGGCUACAGCCCCGUGCCCGCGCAGCCCGCGGGACCCCCCGCCCCCGACGCCGUCUACGCCGGGGGGGUCCCCCCCUUCCCAGCCCAGAGCCCCGCGGCCCCCGGGGACCCCCUGCAGCAGGCGUACGCUGGCAUGCAGCACUACACUGCCGCGUACCCGGCCGCCUACGGGCUGGUGAGCCCGGCCUUCGCCCCCCCGGGACCCCUGCUCGCCCCCCCGCCCCCCCCGCAGCAGCAGCAGCGUGAAGGCCCCGAGGGCUGUAACAUCUUCAUCUACCACCUGCCCCAGGAGUUCGCCGACACCGAGAUCCUGCAGAUGUUCCUCCCCUUCGGCAACGUCAUCUCCGCCAAGGUCUUCGUGGACAGGGCCACCAACCAGAGCAAGUGCUUCGGCUUCGUGAGCUUUGACAACCCCGCGAGCGCCCAGGCCGCCAUCCAGGCCAUGAACGGUUUCCAGAUCGGGAUGAAGCGGCUCAAGGUGCAGCUCAAGAGGCCCAAAGACGCCAACCGGCCCUACUGAGCCUGGUCCGGAGGCUCCGGAGCAGCACCUUUGGGUGCCCCCCCAUUGCAGAGCAGCCCCCCCAAACCCAGCGGUGCCCGGGGGGGGGGCGGGGGGGCUCGGUCCUGCUGGGGGGGGGCCCCAGACCCCCCCACGCUCAGGAAGGAUGGACCCCCCCUCCAGGCCCCACCCGACCCCCCCAGUCCAUCCCAGUCCAUCCCAGUCCAUCCCAGUGCAGGGUACCAGUGCCCCCCCCCAGCAGCCACAUCCACUCUGUUUUUGGGGGGGCCGUGCCCACCCUGGGGGACCCCAAAAGGACCCCCCCUCAUUCCACCCCCCCCUCCCCAGGACCCUUCUUGGGGCUUUUCUCACCAAACAGGACCAAAAGCAGCUCCAAACUGGGAUGGGGGGGGGUCUCUUGGGGGGGUCCUGGGGGUUUUUGGGGGUCCCAAAGGGGGGCACACGGCCCCCCCCCCUUCCCCAGUGUCCUCCCGGGGGCGCAGCGGGACCCCAACACUGCCACUGCCACCCGCUCCGCCCACAGCCUGCCUCAGUUUCCCCUCGGGAUGGGCCAGCACUGGGAUGGGAUGGGAUAAACUGGGACUGGGAUGGGCUGAUAAUGGGAUAGGCUGGGACUGGGAUGGACUGGCACUGGGAUGGACUGGUAUUGGGAUAAACUGGCACUGGGAUAAACUGGUAUUGGGUAAACUGGUACUGGGAUGGGCUGAUAAUGGGAUAGACUGGGACUGGGAUGGACUGGUACUGGGAUAAACUGGCACUGGGAUGGAUUGGCACUGGGAUGGACUGGCACUGGGAUAGACUGGGAGUGGGAUGGACUGGCACUGGGAUGGAUUGGCACUGAGAUGGACGUACUGGGAUAAACUGGCACUGGGAUGGAUUGGCACUGGGAUGGAUAGGCACUGGGAUGGAUGGCACUGGGAUAAACUGGCACUGGGAUGGAUUGGCACUGGGAUGCUCCGUUACUGGGAUGGACUGGCACUGGGAUGGACUGGCAUUGGGAUGGAUUGGCACUGGGAUGGAUUGGCACUGAGAUGGACGUACUGGGAUAAACUGGCACUGGGAUGGAUUGGCACUGGGAUGCUCCGUUACUGGGAUGGACUGGCACUGGGAUAGGCUGGCACUGGGAGGGAUCAGUACUGGGAUGGACUGGGAUGGAGCAGCACUGGGAUGUCCCACACUGGGAUGCUCCAUACUGGCAUGCUCCAUACUGGGAUGCUCCAUACUGGGAUGUUCCAUACUGGGAUGUUCCAUACUGGGAUGCUCCAGCCCUGCUCUGGUCCAGCACUGGGAUGUUCAGACACUGGGACCAGGAUGCUCCAAUACCAGAAUGUUCCACCACGGGGAUGCUCUGAGACUGGGAUGAUCCCACAGCUGGAGAUCCCACACUGGAGUGAUCCCAUACUGGGAUGUCCCAUACUGGGAUGUCCCAUACUGGGAUGCUCCAAACUGGGAUGCCCCAGCCCCGCUCUGCUCCAGCCCCGCUCUGCUCCAGCACUGGGAUGGCUCCACACUGGGAUGUUCCAUACUGGGAUGCUCCAGCCCUGCUCUGGUCCAGCACUGGGAUGAUCCAUACUGGGAUGUCCCAUACUGGGAUGCUCCAUACUGGGAUGUUCCACACUGGGAUGUUCCACACUGGGAUGUUCUGACACUGGCACGCUCUGGGACCAGGAUGCUCCGAUACCAGAAUGUUCCAUCACGGGGAUGCUCUGAUACUGGGAUGAUCCCACAGCAGAAGAUCCCACAGGAGGAGAUCCCAGAGCAGGAUGAACCCACAACAGGAGAUCCCACAGGAGAGGAUCCCACAGUGGGAUGAUCCCAGAGCAGGAGAUCCCACAGUAGAUCCUACAGGAGAGGAUCCCAGAGCAGGACGAACCAACAACAGGAGAUCCCACAGGAGAGGAUCCCACAGCAGAGGAUCCCACAAUGGGAUGAUCCCACAGGAGAGGAUCCCACAGUAGAUCCUACAGCAGAUGAUCCCACAGCAGGAGAUCCCACAGCAGGAUGAUCCCACAGCAGAGGAUCCCACAGCAGGAGAUCCCACAGCAGAUGAUUCCACAGAAGAAGAUCCCACAGCAGGACAUCCCACAAUGGGAUGAUCCCAUAGCAGAAGAUCCCACAGCAGAGGAUCCCAGAGCAGGACAAUCCCACAACAGGAGAUCCCACAGGAGAGGAUCCCACAAUGGGAUGAUCCCACAGCAGGAGAUCCCACAGUAGAUCCCACAGCAGAGGAUUCCACAGCAGGACAUCCCACAACAGGAGAUCCCACAGGAGAGGAUCCCACAAUGGGAUGAUCCCACAGCAGAGGAUCCCACAGCAGGACGCUCCAUCCCUGGGAUGGUCCCACACCAGGAUGCUCCAAUCCGGAAUGUUCCACCCUGGGGAUGCCCAGAGGGAUCCAGGACCAGAAUUUUCCAACACCAGAACGUUCCAUCAGAUCCUCCAACAUUGGAAUGAUCCGAUCCCAGGAUGGCCCAUGGGACCGGAAUGCCCUGACCCCAGGAUGUUCCUGCUCCUCUGGGAUGUCCCCGUUCUGAGAUGUCCCCACUUUUGGGAUGUCCCCACUCUGGGAUGUCCCCAGUUCUGAGAUGUCCCCACUUUUGGGAUGUCCCCAGUUUUGGGAUGUCCCCGCUCCGGGAUGUCCCCACCAGGAGCCGGAUGGACACGGAGUGGCCAAUCCCAAGAAUUCCUGGGAACUCCAAACCAGCCAAACCCAGGGGACAGCGGGAGCAGCCAGAGUGGGGACAGGGACACGGACACGGACAAACGGACACGGACAAACGGACACGCGGCUCCAGCCCCGAAUCCCAAACCCCAAAUGAUCCCAAAUCCCAAAUCCGGGGGGUGCCCCGGCCCCCACCAGCCAAACCGGGGCCGUGUCCAGCCCGGAGCCCCCCAGGACCCCCCAAACCCCAACAUCCCCAAAUCAGUGCCCCCCAAAAACCCCAGUGCCCCAAACUGGGCUGGUGCCCCCAAACCAGUGCCCCAAACUGGGCUGGUGCCCCCAAACUGGGCCAGUGCCCCCAAACCAGUGCCCCCAAAAACCAGUGCCCCAAACUGGGCCAGUGCCCCCAAACCAG